GCCUGGCGAACUCCGCAGAAGCUUUUUAUAGACAUAUGGAGCAGUAAUAAACCCAAAUGGCAUUCAAACCUGGACUGAAGCCAGAAAAGCCAUAAGGUGCUACUGAAAGAAAGCUACUGAAAUUCUACAUGAUUUCAGUGAUGGGUGAUCUGAACUGGAUGUCCAGAACUCUCCUUCUCUCAGAGUGAUGGGAUCUAUCAGGAUCGUUUUUAGAGAAGGAAUUUUUGUCUCGUCCUCUCAGGUGUCAUACAGUAUGCGUUCGUUUUCUGCCAGCUCUCUACUGGAUUGCCAAUGUGACUUUCUCUUACUAUACUCAGCCCAAUUACUGGAUAUAUUUUUUUUUCAAGUCAAAUACUGAUGGCUCUUUUACUGAUAAUGAUUGCUCUUCAAUGAAAAAUAUACUUUAUGGUAUAAGAUUUUGAAUAAAUGCAGUUAUUUGCAGAGAACUUAUGAAAAGACUGACAGAUAUCCCACAUAAGGCGAUGGAUUGAAAUCUCGGUGGGACUGGGACACCAAGAAACUCUCAAAUUAGAAGCUCAAAGGGGAGUUUUACUUAUUUAUCUUCUGUCUGCUUUAAAGACAAAGGUUCUUUCAUGUUAAAAAUGUAAACAAUUGAUUAAAUUUUAAUAUUGCACAGAAUAGAUCAAAGCAUCAUUGAGAACAGAUUUUGUUGGAGUAUGUCUGCUGAAGAUUUUCUAUUUUGUUGAUGCCUUCUUCCUUUUUGAAAGUUUUUCCUUUGAAUUUUGAGAUACUAGAUGUUCUUAGACUGAAUGAUUUUGAAAGUUUUGAGUUUCAUACAUCAGAAGUUCCCCGAACAACAAUUUUUAAGAUGUUCAGACCUGAGAAUAGGUCUCUCAUUCAUAUAGGACCAGAAAUCACUGUGGGGGUCUUCAGACAUGAAGCCCGGAGUCCGGUCCCCUCCUCCUGGCUGCCGCUGCUGCUGUCGUCCCCCUUUGAAGGAUGUUUCACUGCGCACUGCUAGGACCCCUUGAUCUGAGCCAGAACCCUGACCGGAGAGCAGAGAUCCGCAGGCACAUUAAGAUGGUCAUGGAGCAGCUGGAAGAAGUUCUAACCGAGCUCAAGGAUGUGGCGAAAGACCUCCGGGAGGUUGUGGCUCAGAUUGACAAAAUGACAUCUGAUAUUGACCUUGACCUAGAAGAUGACCUGUCCAUGGUGUGCUGCAGUGAGGAUCAUGGGAGAUCAUUGGGUGACCUCUUCCAUACUGAGACAUUAUCCAGCAACCAUGACCUCAGCUGUUUUUGUCACAAUCCUCUGCUUGACAAAGUCCGGAAACCAACCACAGCUAAGAAUCGAGAAUUAGACCUCUUCCGACGAAGCUGUGGAGACCUACCUGCCCUGAAUGGACCAUUAAGGGCAUCAAACAGUCCAAAAGCCUCCUGGCUCUUUGGAUCUGGGAGAUCAAUCCAAUACUAUGAUAAGUCGUACCAUGCAUUAUGCUGUGAUGAUGAUUAUAAUGAAGAUAGAGGUGGUUUGAGAUCAUCAAGGCUUUCGUCCACCGAUUCUGUGUUUUCAUCAUCACCUACACGGUUUCUGACACCAAGAUCCACUCGCAAGACUUAUUCUAGUCCGGACUCAAAGAAAAUAGCCCUUCGUAGUUGCAGUACCCAAACUGUUUCAGAUAAAAGCACACAAACACAUUUUCCUUACAUUCCAGCCAAGCAAAGGUCUUCAAGUGACAAUAAAUACUAAACCUUCUGCAAGCAUCCCACAUUUUUUUUGUUUUAAAUCACUGGUUCUCAACUGGUUUUGCUUUGGGAUACUUCAGUUCCCAACUCAGUACCAUUGUUUAUUUUACAAUAGCGAAAAGUCCUUAAAAUCAAACAUCGAAAUGUAUUAAUUGAUUGGCCUAGUACACACAACAUUUGACAUCAACAACAAAAGAUAUGCUAAGUGUUGAUAUACCAAUUCUUUGCUAUCCUAACAAUGCACGAUUAUUUGCAUUUAACAAUUUUUUUUCCUACCGUCCUUGACCCUAUUAAAGCAGACCUGUGAUCCAUUUUUGGGUCGCUACCCACCAGUUGGGAUCCAAUAUUUUAAAUGAUUUUAAACUGUGCAAUCUGUAUUUAUGAAAUAUUUAUGUUGAUUCUUAUUUUAAUGCAAUUCCUCAUGAAUUAAUCUCUUUUUGUUGUCAUGGAGUUUACAAAGAACAAUUUAUAGUGUUUCGAUUCAUUAUGAGGCAUUAUGUCAAUAUUAAAAUAAUCAUGUAUGUCCACAGAUCAUUAACAUCAUUCCAGGCCCCUUAACAAGUGAGAAUUGUUUCAGUCACUCCCACAGUGCGCAGUAACUAGAUACAGUUAAAUUAAGCGGGUGGUACACUUCCCUAAGGAGUUACUGUAAUAUAAAUAAUGUGCUUCAAAAUUAGGCUGUUAUUUCUGAAAACCCAGUUACAUUUUUAAUAAACUGAUGGAUAAACCUAUGUAGCAGCCACAUAAUUCUUUUAUAAUUUCCCUCUCAUCAGGACAGUAAUUAAGGAAAGUGUACCAGUGUAUUGGAUGUAUGCUGUAAAACAUAACCCUAACAGGGUUUAAAGGUGUUUUUGAGUGAGGACACUCGCUAAAUGGAGACAGAAUUCAUAAAUAAAUAACUGAACUGGAGCCUGCCUGCCUGCAGGAAAUAGAAUGAAGUGACAAACAAACUGCCAGUAUUUUUUAUUUUUGAAUCGGAAGUGCUGGAACGCUGUUCCGGACUGUUCCACCCGAAUAUAAACCUUGACGGUAAACUAGAAUACAUGGUAAAUGACCAAAGUUCAGCCAUGCAACAUUUGGUGCAUGACUUGUUAUCUGUUAGCUCAUCUGACAUGACAAGCCAACCAGUUUGCAUGGUGUAAGCCAAUUGGUUCUCUGACUUGUUAUCAGGUAGCCAAUUAUCUGGCGUCUUUCUCUUUGUCUAAAAUUAAAAUGGAUCAGUUCUGCAACUGGUUUCUCUGCAGCGCACUGCAAGAGUUUUUUUCUCUGACAACUACUUCACACUCAGGUGGUAUGCUGGGAGUUUUCUUCUAUCAGCUUGCACGGUAUGGUCUGCUUUGGCCAUGACACAUAGAUUCGCGUCUUAAUAAGAUAAGCAUUGGCAGGCUUAUAGGCAUUAGGUUAUUAGAUGAAAUAUAUCCACACAUAUUGAGCUGCACGCGGACAGUACUUGUAGACUGUGCGUAUGACAAAAUUUACAUCACGCGCACUGUGCACAAGACAUAGCAGCACGCGGACAACCGAAGUAAGUGUUGACCUUUAGGGGCCAUUCUGACCAUUCUUGGUCUAGCAUGUUCAAAAAAGAUAGACACAGCACAACAAAUAGAACAGAACACAGUUGUUUUGAAACGUGUUUUUAAAAGUAGAAGCUAACAGGGAACAUUUUCAGAACUGUGGCUAACUUUCACUAAAAAUUCUCUCAAAGUUAUGAACAAAUGUUUUUGCAGUAACGUUAAUUGAAGGUUCUUUCGAUGUUUUCUGUCAUUGAUAAACAUUCUCAAAACGUUAGCAUUACAGCCUUAUUCAUACACUGUAAGUGGAGCAUUCUUUAAAAGUUACUACAUUGUAAAAAAAAAAUUACAUUUUCAAACGUUUUCCAGAACGUUGCUAGAAAAAAAAAUUAAUAUAAUAAUAAUAUAAAAAACGUUCUUAAAACAUAAAAUAAAUGGAAGUUUUGAACGUCUCCAGAAUUUCACCAUCUAAUGGGAAUGUUAGGAAAACAUUUGUAGAACAUAACAUUGUUAGCUGUAAGCAUCUUGAAAAUAUGGCGCUCCUGCACGAGACGCUGAAAAACGAGGAAGCGCAGUGGUCAAAUACGUCCGUCUAGUGCAUGUUACAUACAUAAACAAUUCAAAACCAGCACAAAAAGACAUUUGGUGUAGCUUUUGACACUGUUUGAAGGGGAUUCCAGAAAAAUCUGAGGGCACUUCUCGCAAAGAGUAGGGGUGUAACUCCAGUGUCCUGGCCAAAUUACCCCAUGGGCCCUUAUCAAUCAUGGCCUCCUAAUAAUCCCUGUCCAUGAAUUGGCUCUAUCACUCUACUCUCUCCUCUCCACCAGUGGCUGGUGUGUGGUGAGUGUAUUGGCACACAAUGGCUGCCGUCGCAUCAUCCAGGUGGAUGCUGUACACUGGUGGUUGUUGAGGAGAGUCCCCCCCUAUACUAUGCACAAGUGCUAUUAGUGUAUAGAUAAGCGAUAUAAAUUUAGCAUUUAUUCAUUCAUUAAUUUACCAUCACAUGUUAGACCACUUAGAAAAGUAAUCAUUUGUUCAAAUCCCAAAAUAUAAGGAAUAAUAAUAAUUACCUUGACAAACACCACUAACAACUGUAGUACCUGUGGUAUUUUGGAUGAGAUUAGGGUUACCAUAGUACAUUUUUGUAAGGCGUUUAGUUGAACAUGAUAAUGAAUCAUUGGCUGAUACAUUUUCAUUUUAAAAUGAAAGAGUUUUUUUUUUUUUAAAUAAAGAAAGAAACUGUUUUAUAAGGACACAUUUUUUUUAGCAGAGUCAUCAUAUUAGAUGUAAUCAUAUUAGAGUGUUGGAAAUGAAUUAAGAGGAAAAACUCACUGUCCAUAAUGACAAAGGCAUUAUCCAUGCUAUAUCUGAACUAACACUGUGAGUACAUUCCUUCAAAAGAACUCACAAGGUCGUAAACGGAGUUCAUCUGUCAGUGUGAGUGAAGUCAUUUAAUUAGAGUCUCAAUCAUAAAGCAUUACCUCAGGCCCAUUUCAACUGGAGACAGCUGUUAUGCAAUCAGCUACAAUAAAAAGCCAAUAAUUGAAACUGCCAUUAAGGGACCACACAGUUCUAGUUUAUGGGAUGCCUUUUCAUCCCUUAUACAAGCACAGGCCAAUAAAACUUUCAACAAAAAUAAAAGGGAAGAUAGGCUGUGGUCUUAAAGGGGAAGUCCACCCAAAAACUUUGACAAUAUUUUUGUCAUUGUCUACACUUUAAAAUGUAAGGUAACCAAAAAGGUCUUCAUGUGGAAAUAUCUAGAUUAACUGGUUUUUAUUCAAUAAUAAUAAUAAAAAAUGAAUAUGACAGAAUUGCUCUGACUACAUUAGAUUACACCCAUGAAAAUUAUUUUAAGGGUCAGAUUAGGAAGAAAUAGUAAAAUAAGGUUACAACUCUGUGAGGCAACAACUACAAAUGUUCACAUUUCAGAGUGUACUUACCCUUAUGCUGCUUGAAACACAUUCAGUUUUCACAUUUGAGCUAUCUAGCUGAAUGUCCAAGAUGCUCUUUUCCAUACAAUGAAAGUGGAUGGUGACCUGCAGCUUUCAAGCUCUGUAAAGGUAAAAAUCAUUAUAAAAGUACCACAAAAGUUGUUCACAUUGUGUACUAUAUCCCAAGUCUUCUGAAGCCAUAUAAUGCUUUGUGU